AUGGCCUCCUUCACCUCGAGAUGGUGCCCUGUGCUGUGCUUUCGUCAUCCUAGACAAGCUUGUAAUAUCCCCCUCACCCUCCGCCCUCCUCGACGUUCUGCCAGCCGGUCUUUUAGACCUUCUCUUUCCCUACUUCAUUCCUUCCUCUUCUCCCCCUUCCUCACUCCUAUCUCCCAGCAAGCCAAUUCAUCAUCAUCGCCGGCUCUUUUGAACAAUAGCCUCUGCAAGAAGGCCAUUGAAUCAACCACCUUCCAUCCAUCUUCUAUUCCAUUGCCGUUUCUUCAACAAGAAGUCCAAGAACGCACAUUCCAAGCACUACAGCAAGAGCCGGUUGACGUCAAGCCUGUUGAAGCCAAGCCCAUACAAACAGUACAAACGGUCCAGACGGUUCAGACAGCCACAGCUAUACCAACAGAGCAACAGCAACCCGAGAAAAUGUCGUCCUUCAAGAAGAGUUUGCCAGUUGAAGGUGGUGCUCCUGGUGAGGGUCUCGCCCCCCCCGGGAGAAGACAUGGAAAGUCCCAGUCAGCUUUCGCAUUUGACAACACCUCAACCUCAGUUGCUGCCAGUCAAAUGAGGAAUGCUUUGAACGGCCUUGCCGAUAGCGUCAAAGAUCCCAAGACCAAAGUGGCUUUUGAGACUGAAAUGGAUAACUUCUUUGCUUUGUUCAGAAGAUAUCUGCAAGAUAAGGCCAAGGGCACUACAUUGGAUUGGGACCGCAUCCAGCCCCCCCAGUCUUCCCAGGUUAUUCCCUAUGAUACCCUUCCCAGGGUCGAGGACCCUAAACUCCUCUCAAAGCUUGCUGUCCUCAAGCUUAAUGGUGGUCUCGGAACUUCUAUGGGAUGUGUUGGUCCCAAAUCGGUUAUUGAAGUCCGUGAGGGCAUGUCUUUCCUCGAUUUGUCCGUCCGCCAGGUUGAAUAUCUUAACCGAACCUACAACGUUGAUGUCCCAUUCGUCCUCAUGAACUCGUUCAACACCGACGAUGAUACCCAGAACAUCAUCAAGAAGUACGAGGGUCACCGCGUAACUAUUCACACCUUCAACCAAUCACGAUACCCCCGCGUCCUUAAGGACUCCCUUCUCCCAGCCACCAAAGAUUACCACUCGCCCAUUGUUGACUGGUACCCCCCCGGACAUGGUGAUGUUUUUGAGUCGCUCCAGAACUCCGGUAUCUUGGACAGUCUGCUCGAGAAGGACAUCGAGUAUCUCUUCCUUAGUAAUGUCGAUAACUUGGGUGCUGUUGUUGACCUGAGUAUUCUCGAUCACAUGAGGGAGACGGGGGCGGAAUACAUUAUGGAGCUUACCGACAAGACAAAGGCCGACGUCAAGGGAGGUACCAUCAUUGACUAUGAGGGAACCGUCCGACUUCUUGAGAUUGCCCAAGUCCCCAAAGAGCAUGAACAGGACUUCAAGUCCAUCAAGAAGUUCAAGUACUUCAACACCAACAACAUCUGGCUCAACCUCAAGGCUAUCAAACGUGUCGUCGAGAAUCACGAACUUGAAUUGGAAAUUAUCCCCAACUCGAAAACCAUCCCCGUCGAUAAGAAGGGCGAAUCCGACAUCUCAGUCAUUCAGCUCGAGACUGCAGUUGGUGCUGCUAUUCGUCAUUUUAAGAAUGCUCAUGGGGUCAACGUUCCUCGUAGGAGAUUCUUGCCUGUCAAGACCUGUUCUGACCUCAUGCUGGUCAAGAGUGACCUCUACUCCAUGAAACAUGGUCAACUUAUGAUGGACGUCGCGAGAUUCGGACCUGCACCACUGAUCAAGCUUGGAAGUCACUUUAAGAAGGUUUCAGACUUCCAGAAACGUGUUCCUAGUAUCCCCAGAAUUCUGGAGUUGGACCAUCUUACUGUUACCGGUGCGGUCAAUUUGGGUAGAGGUGUUACGCUAAAGGGGACUGUUAUUAUUGUCGCAAACGAAGGUUCCACCAUUGAUAUCCCCCCCGGCAGUGUCUUGGAGAAUGUUGUCGUCCAGGGUUCUUUGAGGUUGCUCGAACAUUAGAUCUACCGAUUUCCACCACGGUUUUGUGGGGCGCUCGAUCUAUAUUUCCAUUCUCUACACAUUUUCUUUUCCUCUAAAAAAUUACAGGCACAAGGUAGAGUGCGGUUGAGUGUAUUAGGGCACAGCCUUCGAGGAACUACGCCAUAAGCGCAUUAAUAUCUAGCGGUGUUUUUCUUUUAUCCUAGAUGUCUUUCUCUUUUCGGCUACUAUAGGAGAAAAAGGUGGGGGGGGGACAAGAUUCCAUCGAAUGGGAUGGGGUUGUAAUAUCACGACAUCAUGCUCUCUUUUUGUGUUUGAUCAUUUUGCAAGCUGCAGUAGCGGAGAUAGUAAAUUUCUUGUAGCUUUCAUCUAGCACACUAUACCUGGCUUUUAUGAGAGGGGUGAGGACAGUGUAAGGAAUGGUUGGAUAAACCCUUUUGUGGUGCGUGC